GCAGUGUACACGUGAAAUGAAAUUCAGAAAUUAAGGGGUUAUGUGACAAAUACAUGGGAUUUCCUGAAAUAAUUUGUCAAAGUUUGACGCAAGGAACUAACUGUACAACAUAAGUAAAUUGUCGCUGAUACAAAAGGUGUUAAUUAUGUAUAAUUACUAUUGAAUUCAUGUAAAUGAUUAGCAUCAGAGUUUUCAAAUGGCACAUAUAACAGAGGUGAAAUUCUCCGAUCUACAAACCGAGGAACGAUACAAGAGAUUGGAGCGAUCAUUAAAGCUUGGUUCUCUUAAGAAAGGAAAUAGACAAGAAGGCGAUGAAUUGUGGCAUUUACCUAUGUCUCCUAGUAUUUCGAGCAUCAAUGUGGAUGGAUUUGAUUCCAGUAGUAAUGUUCCAUCUUUGCAAUCCUCCUGCAUUUACAGCGAAGUUGUUGCUUCUAGCAAGAAUUUGAGGAAUAUAGUUUUGAAUUCGAAGAAUAUGGAGAAAAAAUGCAAAAAUAUUGCUACAUCUAGUGUAAAGAAAUUUGAUAAGACAAAUGGCUUACAAGAAGAUCAUUUUAUCAUGCCACCACCUAAUUUUAAUCGUGUUCUUCAUGCUUCUAAGAAAUCGAACGUUAUAUCAAAAUGUAGUAACACUGGGAGUACAUCAGUACAUCAGAGUGAAUGUACCGUGUUCGAUACUGAUCAAACAUCUCCUAAAAGAACUAUCCUUGGUUCCUUACAAAUUGGUUCUGAUGUUAACGUACAGCAAAAUCGAAAAAUUAGGAUUUUCAGCGAUUGGAAAGUUACAUUAAAUGAGCAGGGUCAAUUGAUUAUUAAAGGAACAAUAGAAACUGGACAGUUUGCUAGAAGCAAGCCUAUUAUAAGAAGAUGGACAUCAACCAUGGUUCAGUCUACCUGUAAGCAUAUGUACCAAUUGGAAGGGAAUAUUGUUGACGACGAGCAUGAGCUACCAGACUAUGUUAGCGGUAAAUUUUACAACGGAUUUCCUGAUGACUGGGAAAAUGUUUAUCAAAUUUGGAGAACAUUUGUAGAAAAAGGAUCCAUAUUGUCGUUUCGUUGGCCUGCUGCUAUUGCAGACAGUGAUGAUAGUUUAAGGAGCGAAGUAACGGACAUCACAUUUUCGCGUGCAGAAAGUCCUGAAAGUAAAAGUCCAUGGUCGAAAUCGUUCAAUGAUUCACAUGUAUCUCAGAUAAUCCCUAGCAAUGUCAUGCAAGUAAAAGAAGAUGAACAAAAUUGUACUCCAAUUUAUCAUAGAAUGUGCAAUUCGUCCACGCAAACAUAUCCAUCUGAUAUCGAAUUAACCAGCCAGCAAAAUAAUGACACAGAACACUGUAUGCAAUUGGAAACUGUGGCUUCUAAUUGUUCUUAUAACGAGGAUGAAGCGAAAAAAUUGGCACUCCAAUUAAGUGUCAUUGUAGGUUCAUUAUCGGAUAAGAACUGUUCUCAGAAAUUUUACGAUACAUUCGCGUCAUUGCUCGACUGUAUGCGUUCUAUUGUAUUACAUGGAUCGGUUAAAAAUGAUGAAUCCAAUACAGAAGUUUCAGAAUCUGUACAGAACAAAAGUAUGAGGCAAGAAAAAAAUAAUGCAAACGGUGAAUUAGGUCCUUUACACAAUAGUAAAAACACUACGAUCCAUCACAACCAGAUAUAUCCUGCGAAAACAGGACAUGUAAUCCCAGAUAAUGGAACGAUAGCUUGUAACGGUUCGUUACUGCAGAUAAAAGCUUCUACCAAAGUGGAUAACUGCAAAAAUCAGAAUACUUCAGACAGCGAGAGUGAAAUCUAUGCUGGAAUACCGAAGAUACAAGCAAAACGAAUAUUUCUACAAAAAAAGGAAAGACAGGCAAAGCACUGUAAGUAUAAAGCAAGAAUGAAACUUAUGCAUUGGAAGAAUGAUGUGGAAAAGAAACUGACAUCAAAUGUACGACCAGUUAGCUCUGAAAAUAUUAAUACCAUGUACCACAAUGAUUCCAGUGUUACUAUUAUAGACGAUAAAAUAAAAGUUCCAGAAGUUCGAAAGGUAAUAAAUGCAAAGGGUGAAAAUAAUGGUAGUAAGAAUAUCAAUCCGUUGGAUAAAGUAUUAAGAGGACAACAGGAGGAAUCGAACGUCCUUUUAGAAGAUAGAAAUCGCGAAAUGCAGGAACAUUUCGUUCAAGUAAAUUCAACAGCUGGCCAUAAAUUUGCCAAAAAUUUGUGUGUUCCUUUCAAUGCAAAAGAAUAUAAUUCCUGUGAUAUUAAUGGAACUAAACAGAAUAAAAAUGAAAUGACAGAAAAUUUGUUUCAAAACAAAAGUUUUGAAAAGGAAAAUCAUAUAAAUCAUCAUCAGAACGAAGCGUCGCGCAAACGACUUAAAGAUCGUCUGUCUCAUCAGUCCAAAGAUGCUAUGGACAAAAUCUCAAAACCUAUUGUAAUUAGUUCAGUACCCGUUGAUGUACAUACAGUCUGUGGAGAAGUGAACCAAUUAAAGAAGCUAAGUGUCACUGUUAAGAAACUAGAGGACGAAAUACAACAAUCGGUAAAGGAAAAUUCCCGUUUUAAAAAACAUCACGCUCCUCGAAAUAUGGAUUCAGUUUCGUUUAUCGAGAACAGUAUAGAAGAUGAAAAAUCAGGGAACCCGGCCCAGAUUCGUGCACGUGAUUUGAAAGAUGGAAAGGACAGCGGCAAUUGUAAAGUCAAGUUAUUAGCCAAUUGGACACCAAAUGUUAUAUGCGAUUCAAAACCGAGUUUAAUUUUCGAGGGAAAAUUACUGAACGACGUUGGUCAUGUUGUUAAUAGAACGUUUAAAACGGAUGCAGUAUUGUGUCGAGUAUCAUUAAAACUAAUCGAGACAAUAAAUCAUGAACGUUACGAAUUGGUUGGUGACUUAAAUGAUACUAAACAUGUGGUACCGAAAGAGUUGGUGAGCCAAUGUCGUUAUGGAUGUCCUAGAAGAAUAGAGGAAUUUUGCAAAUCAUGGAAAUUAUUGCAAAGCAAUGUGAAAAGAAACACUGCACUGGACAAUACAAUGGAUUCUGUACAAAUUGGUAAAAGUUCGAAAGGCAGGCGAAUUGUACCCCCACUAAAUUUUUGGACUGGUGAACGCAUCACUGUGAAAGAUAAUAAUCCAGUAUACACUCCAGGUUCGUUACAAGAGCUUCCAGUAAUGCCCACGCGUGAUAAUACUAGUAAGAACAGUUUUGAAAAAUCAAAGAAUUCAAGUGCGAGUGUUACAGAGAAGGCAACUAAUAAUGGAUCCGCAGUAGUUGCAAAGGUAGUCGAAAAAGAAAGACAUGAUAGAAGUAGGCCAAGGAAACAGAAGAGAAGAUUGGUUACGAGAAUGGUAGAUUCAAGUGAUUCUAGCGAUAGUAGAUGCUCUCCCGUGAAAAAAAGACAAAGAGGUCAUUCUGUUGACGCGACAGAAAAGUGCAACAAUGAACAAGCCAAUGCAGAAAAAUCGAAAGAAACGAAAAUGACGUCAGAACCAAUCAAUCCUAUAAUAAAGUCAGGCAUUAAACCGAGUACGUCGCCUAUCCAGACUAAACAAAUGUCGAUGGAUGAAUACCCAUCUUCCACCGAGACAUAUAACAAUGGAGAAUGUUUAUACUAUCAAAGUUUUCAAUUUAACAAUGACACAUUGUCGGAGGAUGAAAAGUCUCAUGUAUAG